CCUACAGUUACAUCCUACAAUUACAUCCUACGGUCUAGCCGCGCGCUUAUUCGGGAAUUUUUUAAUUAAUACUUAAAUAAUUAUUGCAAGAAUUGCAAAAUGGUAAAGAACUUUUCUGUUCUGUUUAAUGUGCUCUAUCCGCUCACGAGCGUUGGUCCGUGAGUUACCGGAUACUUUGUAUAUUACAAUACUGGCAAAAUAUAAAACUGAGAUAUAUGAUUAACUGAGAACAUAUUGUAUGAAGUUGUUUGCAACCAAGUCAAUUGUUUUGAUGAUUGUAUUAUUUACGGCAGUUAUUCUUAGUAAAUAGUAAGUCGAUCAGUAAUCGGAGAAGGUCGGUGAAAGGUACAUUUCCUUAUAUAUUUUCACGACAACCUUUUUAAAAAGACCUUGGACGACAGAAACUAUAAAACCAUGGCUUUUAAUUGACUGAGUUAUUUACGAAUAAACUUUCAAAUAAACAAGAUGCUCUACGCAAUUUGUGCAUUCAUCGUUGUAGUGUUUAGAUUUAGUGCAGCAGAACAAGUGCCUUUUCCACCUAUCACCAUCUGUAAACGGAAUUCAGUUAAUUCCAAUGACUGUUUAAAAGCUGCGAUAGAAGAAGCGUGGCCAAAAUUUCUUAAAGGUCUUCCAGAAUUCGAUUUCCCUCCCUUGGAUCCAUUAAUUUAUGAAUAUGGUAAUGCAAUAUUAGAUAGCGGCAUAAUAUAUGGAAUGAUAAACGCAUCAAAUUUCGUUAUUAAUGGCCUUGCAAAGACACGUUUUUUGGGCAGAUCGUAUUUUGUCAACGAAGUUUUUCGCUUGGAACUUGACAUACAAAUACCACAAAUAGCAGCGUUUGGUGAAAUUGAUUCAGUAGGUACUCUAGGAGGGUUCAGAAUGGGUGGCCACGGGUACGUCAACGUAACUUUGGAAGGUAUCCAAGCAACAUGGAUCAUAGAAGGCCACGUAACAAAUGAUACAUGGACUGUAGAAGAUUUUAAUUCAACUCCUUCAGUUAAAAAAAUGAAGCUACAUUUUGAAGAUAUAUUCGGCAAGGGCAAUAAAGAGCUCAAUGCUCUUGUCAUGACUUUUGUAAACGAAUUUUGGCCGGUAUUACUUCGAGUAACGACGCCGAUAGGAGUCCAAACAUUGAACCCGUGGUUGUGUAAUUUGGUCAAUAGAUUCUUUUUAAAAGUUUCUUUUACGAAAAUAUUUCCAUAAUAUUUUUAUAUACUUUUUAAGAUAUUC